CGAUUCACGAUCAGUCCGCGUAAAUUCCGAGCAGCGUCGAGUUGCGCAGCGCCUAUCGCCCACAUUCCAUUUGUUUAUGUACCUAAACGUACUUGUACUAUGAUGUAGAUUACAACAUUCUUUGAGAUUCUGUGAUUUAAAAAAAAAUAAAUAAAUAAACGCUCAAUAAGCAGUAAACACCUUCGGUCGAUUUGUAUGGGUGUAAGCGCGCGUGUGUGCUUCUUGUGAAUUUUUUGAAGGCAGGAAUUAUCUUGGAUACCAUCAUCAUCAUCAUAAGCGUCCGGGGAUCGAUUUAUUGCCGUACACGCCACAACAAAAUACUAGAAUUACCGGAAGAAUCAGUCUACAAAAUAUGUGUUAAGACGUACACCAUAAAACCAACUGGUUAUAAUUAAGAAAAAAAGUGUGCCAAAUUUAACCUGUAUUUAACACGAGCAUUAUAAGCAUUUUAAUAACCAGGUUACCAUUGUAAUUUCUUUGGCCUAAUAAACAUGAAAAUAGUGGCAGUUUUCAUAACCACUUAGGCAAUAAAAAUGUAAAUCGUCUUAAAUUCAAUAACAAAAAUGGCACUAAGACUAAGAAAGGACAUCAAAAAGUCCUCGUAUUAUGUGUGGUUCUUGGGCGCGAAAGAAUCCAAGGGCCUAAGAGGUUCCGAGUACAUCAUUCCGGUAAUCCGUCAUUUAGAAGAAAGGGAAAAGGACGUGGAACCUUUCAAAGUCACCCUACAAGUAUCGCAUAAAGGCCUUAAGAUUGUCCAGAACAUCGUCUCACAGGGCCCCAAGAGUUCUAAGCCAAAAAAUGAAACUAUCAAGCAUUUUAUCCCUCACAACACCAUAACGUACGUGUAUCAACAUGAGGACAUUAUUUCUUGCAUUUUGCUGCUGUUUAAUCCUGUUACAAAGUGUCCCUUACAUGUACAUGCCUAUCGAUGUGACUCGUUGGAGACAGCCUCUCACUUAAAACAGCAACUUCAGAUCCUAAUAGAUCGGCCAGAAAAUCAGAAGAAAAUGGCCGAAAUUGAAAACAGGCUAAAACCCAUAGAGAAAUCGAAAAAAUUGGAUGGUAGUAUAGGCAGUGAUACCGGAGCGUCUACAAGGGAAUCGGAAAGUAGCGAAGAAAGAUUCGCCUUAGAAAACUCGAGAAUAUCAAGCUUGUAUGAUUCGGUGGCAGCAGAACUAAGAGCGAAAUUAGGCAAAAAAAAUUCGCCUAUUCUAUUACCGCCUAGAGACUAUGACACCGUUCAUAGGCAAAAAGGCAAUUUGACCGGCAUAGAGCUACGUAGAUGCCUCAACGCAAACAUCGUGGGCCAAAAUGUGAAAAAUAAAAGACUAGAGUCCUCAGGCGGAAGUUCUGGUAUCGGUUCGGAUCAUCCGCCUAGCCCCGAUAGUCCGGAAACUCCGGAAUCGCGGUUUCAUACGUUGGAAACUCACAGUACUAGCGAUGACGAAGAUUGGAAUGGUGAGCCAGGAGAUUCUGCACUGUACCUCAUGCACGGAAGCCACCAAGUCCCCUUAAGAGCCAACAAAACUCCAGAUUCCAGCCUGGAAAACACCAGAGAAAAACCUUACCGUGAAAAAAGUGCCAAAUACACACACGAAGACCUUAAAUUCUCAAAGUCCUUUGACGAUGACUAUCGGAAAUCUCUCUCUCAUAACGUCACCAAAUACUUGGAAAAACCGAUAGCGAAAUUUAGCGAUAACAAGUAUUUACAAAGGCAAAAAUCUAUGGUGAGAGAUAAAGAAGAGGAAAAAGAAGUGUCCAAGAACAAUUUUAGGAAAUCUCUGGAAAGAGAACUGAUAAAUAGAAGUGCCAAUAAGUAUCUGGAAAAAUCGUUAUCGAAAUCCGAAAAGCACCACGAGCGGGACGAAGAUAGAAAACAAUAUUUUUACGAAGAUAGAAGUUAUGAGCCGCCAGAGAGGCGGGUCAGUAAGCCUGCGCAAUACUUCGAAGAUGACGGAUUUGACGAGGAAAAUGUCCGAUCCAGAAACAACUCCAGUGAUUUUGACAAGGAUCGGCCGUCAAGGAGUUUUUCUUACGAAGAAGAGGUUUUCUAUGAGGAAAAACGACCACUCAAGACACAAUCUAGACAAAGGGUCAACGAUGAAGCCGAUUUAAGAGCUAAGGACAAAUUUAACCCUAACGAUCCUAGGUUUUAUGAGCCUAGAAGUCCUCCACGACCACAAAGAGAUACUGAAGAGUUUACCUUUGACACUAAGAGGUACUACUACGAAGAUGCCACUAACUCAAUCAACAGAAGGCAGUCACAGUUCAGACAAAGAUCACCUACUCCAGAUGAAGUGAAGGCCCCACGAGAUCGAUUUAAAGAUGCGAAAGAAAAAUUUUUAUUAAUGGAAAAGGAGCGUCUAGAACAAGAGAGACGAAAUCCGGAACCUCCGAUAUCUCCGACGAUACAACGAGAUAAGAUUCAUUUUAUAAAGAGGCAUCAGAGCAUGGCGUACCCCUCGAAGGACCAUCUCAGGACCAAAUAUGAGGAAAGAUUUAGCAAUGAGAGAAAUGAUUUUUCUGAAGAAGUAAGACCCAAACCGGCUCCCAGAUAUAAUCACGAAGAAGUAAGAUAUCGGCAGAAAGAACGAGAUGGAUUCCGUAGCUCAAACAAAUAUGAACCCAAACGAAGAUCUAUGUUCUCUUUAAUUGAAGAGGAACAUAAGAAAAAUUCGAACGAAAUAGCCAAGGAACUUAAAAGACGAUCUUAUGUUGAUUUUAAUGAUCCAAGUUACCAAGACGAGGUCACGGAUUUUACUAGACCUGACGAUAGAGAUAUUAGGAACAGUAGGCAUUAUCAAGAGCUACCCGAAGCAGAUAGAUAUAACGCGAUAAUCUCGCAACCGGAGACAAAAUACGAUCCGAAAUUCACGAAAAACCCUCAGAAAAGCUUUAAAUCUGUCCCGGGCUAUAGGCACAGUUAUGCGGAACCUAAAAUAAAAAUAGACCCUAAAAAGAAGAAUAUGCCUGACAUGCUACAACGGACCAACAGCAGCGUGGGGUAUUUACAACAAAGAGUCGGGAUUGCCAGCAUGCAUCCCUAUUAGUUUGCUCAAAAUGUAAAAAAAUAUAUAUAUUAUGUAACGUUCAGUUAUUGUGUCAUAUUGCUGACUGACUAAUGAUUUACGCACUUUUUAUUCACUUUAUUUAUGUUUUGUAAAAUUUAUUAUAUUGUUGUAUAUUUCAAGUUUUAUUUACCACUUGAAUUUGAUGUGGUUAGUUACUCAAUUAUAUUAUUUAAUAUAAUAUAUUAUUUUUUUAUAUGAUUUUGUAUCUUGCGCUUGUGUAAAAUGUUACUGCCUUUUUUUAUAAUACAGUAUAUUAAUUUAAAAUAAAGAUAUAUUAAUCACUAA